GUCUGGUGCAGACAAAGCGCCCGCGUCUGGCGCCUCGUCCCCCGGCGGCUCGUCUCCGGGGCCCGGAGCGCCGUCCUGCUCCCAGGGGUGAGGAGCGGGGUGGACGGAGGGGUUGUUCGCCGUUGUGUUGUUGAAUUCGUAAUGUUAUUUUGUUGGUAAUAACUAAUAAGACAUGCCGUGAAAGUGCUGCCUUCUCCGGCGGGGUGGGGGAGGGGCCCCCGGGAGCCAUGAAAGGAAGCUUAUGUUGCUGUUUAACUCUUACCACCACACUGUGUCUUUGCCAUGAGAGUUAACCGGGUGCUAUUAUUAAUAAUAAUUUGAUUAUAUAUUACUGAUGUUGAAUGCUGUGUGUUGUUUCUGAUUUUCAUCCAUUCACAGCCAGCACCACACGACCACAAGAACUCUUAAUUCUCUCCCAUUCUGUUUCUCAGAUCCCCGGAUCACUUCUAAACAUUUUCUUACUCUUUCCACCGUCAGGACAUGUCUGAAAGUAAGGGUCUUCAGCCAGACCAAUGUUGGCUGUGUGUGUUUUGUUUAGGGAUGCCCUAUUUUAGAUCAGACGUUAUUUAUUGAGAACUGUGUGACAGACCAAAUCUCUUUUGACAUGUUUAGAAGUAAACGCUGUUAGUACCAGACGCCGCCUGCUCAUUAGCGCCCUCUAGUGGAGGGACGACGCAUGGGUUCUUGCAGCCGAACCAUUUGAAGUCAUCUUUAAUUGCAGUCUCAGGAUGAACCAUAAGCUGUAAUUCUACUUGUCAAUAUGAAGGCGAUAGAACCCAAGUAGAGUAUCGCAGACCCCUGGCCGCCACCAGCUCCUCUUAGUCCGCUUUCAGCCUGUGAUCCGCCUGGUAACCGACCCUAACCCCUGGUAACCGACCCUAACCCCUGGUAACCGACCCUAACCUCUGGUAACUCUGUCUGAACCGGCACAGAGAGAGCUCUUCCCUUCCAAAGCUAGCUAAAACGUUUUUUAUUUUUCUUAUACUAUUCAUAUCUAGUGGCUUUUCUUGCAGUUCUACCUAUUUAAAUGAUCAGUGUUCAAUGUUUUCGCUAUUCACUUAUUAGAGAAACCCUGUUUUACCACCAGGUGGCAGUGUUUCACCACUUGUGACGUCACUCGGGCAGAUGAUGAAAUUGUCUCCUAAAGACUGAACCACAUUCCACCUGGUGGUGAAAUACAAACCCUUUUGGAUUCUUAACCCCCGACGAGAGAUGACUGUAUCGGAAUGACGAGCGUCUGUACGUAACCGUGGGAUGGGAGCCUUGAGGCUAAUUUGGUUCUCAGUCUGUUUGUUGUUUGUGCUAACUGUGCAGCAGUACCUUAUCUGGUGGUAACCUUGCUAUUUAUCCCAGCGCGUGCUAACGUUGCAGCGGUACUGUUUAGCCGGUAACCAUGCCAUUUCCCCUAGCGUCCGGCUAACAUUGCAGCAGUACUGCUUAGCUGGUAACCAUGCUGUUUCUCCUAGCGCGUGCUAACACUGCGGCGGUACUGUGUAGCCGGUAGCCGUCGUGGUUCAGUGGUCUGUUAAAAGUGUGGUUGUUCCGCCCAGCAGGAACCUAAAAUGGGCAGAAAUGGUGCUGAACAAAAGCUGCUUGUCGCUCGUACUAAAGUACAGCGCUGCAGAGGGGACCGUGCUGCUAUGCUAAUGCCUGUGCCUCUCAACAGGAAAGCGCCGACAUGUUCCCGAAGGGCACCAAGAGAAAGUUCUCUGACUCCGCGGACGACCCGGCGCCCGAGCCGGCCGCGCCGCCGGCCCCGCCCCCCCGGCCGCUGGCCCCGCCCCCCCGGCCGCUGGCCUCCACCUACAGCCUCCAGAGGCAGUCGCUGCUGGACAUGUCGCUCAUCAAGCUGCAGCUGUGCCACAUGCUGGUGGAGCCCAACCUGUGCCGCUCGGUGCUCAUCGCCAACACGGUGCGGCAGAUCCAGGAGGAGAUGACGCAGGACGGCAGCUGGCAGCUGAUGACCCAGGCGCUGGCCGCGGCGCAGUGCCCCGCCGACCGGCUGGUGGCCAGCGAGCUGCUCUGCCGGCAGACGGACCCGGCGGCGGCGGCGGGGGGGCCCAAGCCCUACGCGCUGGUGGGCGAGGCCUACCGCACGGAGGAGGUGGUGAUGGAGGGGCCGGCGGGCGAGGGCGCCGCCUACCUGGCGGGGCCCUUCGGCGUCAGCCCCUGCUGGCAGGAGGAGGAGGAGGAGGAGGAGGAGGACGGGGACUGCGAGGAGGAGGAGGAGGAGGAGGAGGAGGAAGAGGACAGCGAGGAGUGUGCCUCGGAGGGGGAGGAGGGGGAGCAGGUUUUUGGGACGUUUGAGAUCAAACACCCGCCCCCCGGGCCGGACCCCGCCCUGGAGGAGCUGUUCUCGGACGUGGACGCGUCGUACUACGACCUGGACACGGUGUUGACCGGCAUGCAGGCGGCCCCCAAGAUGGGCCCCUAUGACCUGCUGGAGAGCCUGUCCUCCCACGGCCCCGCCCCCCUCAGCUCUAGCUCCUCCUGCAGGGCGGACCUCAACGAACUGGACCACAUCAUGGAGAUCAUCGUCGGCUCCUAGAGACUCACGGCCACGCUCGGACCGGGAACACGUGGCUCACCGUCUGCUAGCAGGCCGCUAACAGCCUGCUAGCGCACUGUUAGCGGGCCUCUAAGUCUUCUGUCAGGAUGUUGGCACGAUGCUAACCGCCUGCUAGCGGGCCGCUAACAGUCUGCUAGCGCACUUUUAGCGGGCCUCUAAGUCUUCUGUCAGGAUGUUGGCGCGAUGCUAACCGUCUGCUAGCGGGCCGCUAACAGUCUGCUAGCGCACUGUUAGCGGGCCUUUAAGUCUUCUGUCAGGAUGUUGGCGCGAUGCUAACCGUCUGCUAGCGGGCCGCUAACAGUCUGCUAGCGCACUGUUAGCGGGCCUCUAAGUCUUCUGUCAGGAUGUUGGCACGAUGCUAACCGUCUGCUAGCGGGCCGCUAACACUCUGCUAGCGCACUGUUAGCGGGCCUCUAAGUCUUCUGUCAGGAUGUUGGCAUGAAGCUAACUGUCCGCCAGCACACGGCAAAAACACUGUGCUAGCACACUGUUAGCACACAGCUAACAUUGUGCUAGCACACUGUUGGACGGCACAUGUCAGUAUGUGUCAUCACAAGUGGUGAUUGUUGGGGUUUUGUGAACAAGGUAGGAAAUAAGAAGUUGCUGGAUGCUAACAGGUAUUUAGCUGAAUGCUAACAGGUAUUUGGCGGCUACUUCACCAGGUGUCGGUUGGACCAUCAUAAGUAUUGUUUUGGGGUUGUUGUAUUUUUUUUUGUUAUAAGU